AUGGAAACUUCAUUGUCAAAAUCACACACAGGGGAGAAGCGACAUAAUUGUAAGGACUGUGGGAAAUGUUUCAUUGAGAGAAGUUCUCUUGCUAAACAUCAACGAACUCACUCAGGAGAGAAGCCAUAUAAAUGUGUGGAAUGUGGAAAGAGCUUCAGUCAGAGUGGAAAUCUAUGCACCCAUCAAAGGACUCACACAGGGGAGAAGCCACAUAAAUGCAUGGAAUGUGGAAAGAGCUUCAGUCAGAGUGGAAAUCUAUGCACCCAUCAAAGGACUCACACAGGGGAGAAGCCACAUACAUGCAUGGAAUGUGGAAAGAGCUUCAGUCAGAGUGGAAAUCUAUGCACCCAUCAAAGGACUCACACAGGGGAGAAGCCACAUACAUGCAUGGAAUGUGGAAAGAGCUUCAGUCAGAGUGGAAAUCUACGCACCCAUCAAAGGACUCACACAGGAGAGAAGCCACAUACAUGCAGGGAAUGUGGAAAGAGCUUCAGUCAGAGUGGACAUCUGCGUAUCCAUCAAAGGAUGCACACAGGAGAGAGGCCACAUACAUGCAUGGAAUGUGGAAAGAGCUUCAGUGAGAGUGGAAAUCUACGCACCCAUCAAAGGACUCACACAGGAGAGAAGCCACAUAAAUGCAUGGAAUGUGGAAAGAGCUUCAGUCGGAGUGGAGAUCUCCGUAACCAUCAAAGGAUGCACACAGGAGAGAGACCGUAUAAAUGCAUGGAAUGUGGAAAGAGCUUCAGUCGGAAUCGAGAUCUCCGUAACCAUCAAAGGAUGCACACAGGAGAGAGGCCACAUACAUGCAUGGAAUGUGGAAAGAGCUUCAGUCAGAGUGGAAGUCUACGCACCCAUCAAAGGACUCACACAGGGGAGAAGCCACAUAAAUGCAUGGAAUGUGGAAAGAACUUCAGUAACAGUUCGAAUCUUCGUACCCAUCAAAAGAUUCACACAGGAGAGAAGCCACAUAAUUGCAAGGACUGUGGGAAAUGUUUCAUUGAGAGAAGUUCUCUUGCUAAACAUCAACGAACUCACACAGGAGAGAAGCCAUAUAAAUGUGUGGAAUGUGGAAAGAGCUUCAGUCAGAGUGGAAAUCUACACACCCAUCAGAGGACCCACACAAGGGAGAAGCCACAUACAUGCAUGGAAUGUGGAAAGAGAUUCAGUGAGAGUGGAAAUCUAUGCACCCAUCAAAGGACUCACACAAGGGAGAAGCCACAUACAUGCAUGGAAUGUGGAAAGAGCUUCAGUCAGAGUGGAGAUCUACGCACCCAUCAAAGGACUCACACAGGAGAGAAGCCACAUAUAUGCAUGGAAUGUGGAAAGAGCUUCAGUCAGAGUGGACAUCUGCGUAUCCAUCAAAGGACUCACACAGGGGAGAAGCCAUAUAAAUGCAUGGAAUGUGGAAAGAGCUUCAGUCGGAGUGACAGUCUACGUUCCCAUCAAAGGAUCCACACAGGGGAGAAGCCACAUACAUGCAUGGAAUGUGGAAAGAGCUUCAGUGAGAGUGGACAUCUGCGUAUCCAUCAAAGGACUCACACAGGGGAGAAGCCAUAUAAAUGCAUGGAAUGUGGAAAGAGCUUCAGUCGGAGUGACAGUCUACGUUCCCAUCAAAGGAUCCACACAGAGGAGAAGCCACAUACAUGCAUGGAAUGUGGAAAGAGCUUCAGUCAGAGUGGAGAUCUACGCACCCAUCAAAGGACACACACAGGGGAGAAGCCACAUACAUGCAUGGAAUGUGGAAAGAGCUUCAGUGAGAGUGGACAUCUGCGUAUCCAUCAAAGGACUCACACAGGGGAGAAGCCAUAUAAAUGCUUGGAAUGUGGAAAGAGCUUCAGUCGGAGUGACUAUCUACGUUCCCAUCAAAGGAUCCACACAGGGGAGAAGCCACAUACAUGCAUGGAAUGUGGAAAGAGCUUCAGUCAAAGUGGAGAUCUACGUACCCAUCAAUGGACUCACACAGGGGAGAAGCCACAUACAUGCAUGGAAUGUGGAAAGAGCUUCAGUGAGAGUGGACAUCUGCGUAUCCAUCAAAGGACUCACACAGGGGAGAAGCCAUAUAAAUGCAUGGAAUGUGGAAAGAGCUUCAGUCAGAGUGGACAUCUGCGUAUCCAUCAAAAGAUGCACACAGGAGAGAAGCCACAUACAUGCAUGGAAUGUGCAAAGAGCUUCAGUCGGAGUGACAGUCUACGCACCCAUCAAAGGAUCCACACAGGGGAGAAGCCACAUACAUGCAUGGAAUGUGGAAAGAGAUUCAGUCAGAGUGGACAUCUGCGUAUCCAUCAAAGGACUCACACAGGAGAGAAGCCACAUACAUGCAGGGAAUGUGGAAAGAGCUUCAGUGAUAGUGGACAUCUGCGUAUCCAUCAAAGGACUCACACAGGGGAGAAGCCACAUACAUGCAGGGAAUGUGGAAAGAGCUUCAGUGAUAGUGGACAUCUGCGUAUCCAUCAAAGGAUGCACACAGGAGAGAAGCCACAUACAUGCAUGGAAUGUGGAAAGAGCUUCAGUCAGAGUGGAAAUCUACGCACCCAUCAAAGGACUCACACAGGGGAGAAGCCACAUACAUGCAUGGAAUGUGGAAAGAGCUUCAGUAACAGUUCGAAUCUUCGUACCCAUCAAAGGAUGCACACAGGAGAGAGACCACAUAAAUGCGUGGAAUGUGGAAAGAGUUUCAGUGAGAGUGGACAUCUGCGUAUCCAUCAAAGGAUGCACACAGGAGAGAAGCCACAUAAAUAGGACAAGUGCAAAGAAGCCAGAAUGUUUGUCCAAAGAACUUCUAAGGACUAUGACUUAAAAUAGACAUGAACAGGAAGUGGAAGGGGAAGAAAUCACAAAAUCAUAUAACCAUAGAGUUGGAAGAGACCUCAUGGGUCAUCUAGUCCAACCCCCUGCCAAGAAGCAGGAAAUUCCAUUCAAAGCACCCCGGACAGAUGGCCAUCCAGCCUCUGCUUAAAAGCCUCCAAAGAAGGUUCCACAGCUGAACUGCUCUCACAGUGAGGAACUUCUUCCUUAUGUUCAGGUGGAAUCCCCUUUCCUGUAGUUUGAAACUAUUAUUCUGCAUCCUAGUUUGCAGAGCAGCAGAAAACAAGCUUGCUCCCUCCUCCUUAUGGGAUUUUGGCCUGCAUAAAUAGGGGCAGAGUGUCUAGAUCCAGGGAAGUCAUGCUCCCCCUCUAUUCUGCCUUGGUCAGACCACUUUACCUGGAAUCACACUGUGUCUAAUUCUGGGCACUGCAAUUGAAAGGAGACGUUGAAAAGCUGGAAGAAAUAGAAGAGGCAAAUGUAGUAGCAUUGAGGAAAAUAGUUUGAAAAAAUUAAUACACAUCUAUCUUGGUUUGGAAAGACAGCAAUACUAAAAAUGAAAAUGCUUCUGAGGAUAAACUUUAUACUUACAUAUACCUUAUAUUUAUAAUGCCAUUUCAGAUUAUAGAAGAAGAGUUGAAUACAUGAUUUCUUUGCAACAUUUCUACCCCACCUUUCUCCACCCCAAAGGAGACUCAUUUGGACAAAUGAUAAAUACUGUAAUGGCAGUCAAAGAAAUUGACGAAACAAGUUACAGAACAGAUCUCAAAAAGAAGAAGGAUUAGCGCUUCCUCAUAUCAAAAAAUAUUAUAAGGCAAACAGACUGAGAUUGGUUAUACAAGGAAUGAUGAAAAGGAGGAUGUAGAAUAGUUAAUAAUGGAUUCAGGAAAAGUGGAAGAAGAAAUUCGGAAUAGGUUUUAAAAUAGUUUAUGAGGAAAAAAAUAAGGUAAACUGGGAACCCAAUGUUGAGUAAUGCAUUAGAAAUAUGGAACAAAUACAGGAGAAAGUUAAUAGCAGAUGGCUCAAUAAUAACCCCAAUUAUAAUGGAAAAGACAUUUACAAAAAAUAAUAUAUAUAUGUGAUGGAUAAAAAAUUAAGGGGAAAAACUUAGAUAAAAUAGGGGAUUGGCUAAAGGUUGGAAUGAAGAAAGAAAAGAUCAGGAACAUAAAAAUUUGAAAGGAAUAUCCAGUAAAAUUUCUAAAAUAUUAAUUGAAAAAAAGAAAGGAAAAGUAAAGAAUAACACCUUCAAGAAGAUUUGGAAAGAAAAUAUAGGAAUGAAAAUCAAUGAAACAGAGGGGUUACAAUUAUGGGCACAAAGACACUUGAAAAAUAUAUCCAUAUGUGUUAAAGAAAAUUAUUAUUUAGUUGAUAUGGAAAUGGUACCUCACACCCAUAAGAAUAGGAAAUAUAAAUAAAAACUACUCAAACAAUUGCUGGAGAGGAUGCCAAGAAUCGGGAACAUACAUACAUAUGUGGUGGCAGUGUCAAUAUAUAAAUAAUUUCUGGGGAAAAGUAUUAAGAGAGAUAGACACAAUGAACAUUCAAAUAGAAAGAAGUCUUAGCAUGGCUUUAUUCUCAUUAUAUAAUAAUAAACAGUUGGAAAAAGAGGACAAAGAUGCGAUAAAAAACGCAUUAACAAUUGCAAGACAGCUUAUAGCAAGGAAUUGGAAAAGGGAAAUAAAUAUAGAGAUAGAAGAAUGGUAUAAGGAAGUAUGGAAACUGGGAAGAAAUGAUAGGUUGACGUGGAGAGGGAUUUAGAAACAAAGUGAUUGUGAUGAUGUCUGGAGAAAAUGUAUUGGAAGAGGAUUCAAAAAGAAAGACAGAAUUACCUCCACAAGAGGGAAUGAAAAGGAAUUUUGGACAGAUGAUAAAUAAAAAAAGUGACUUGGGGGAGGGUAAGAAAUCUGUAUAAGCGUGAAAAUAACAGUAGAUGCCAAAUGUUAAUGUAUUGUAGAUUGUACUGAAUAUAAUGUGGCUGCUGUAAAAGGAUGUACGAUUUUUUAAAAAUAAUAAUAAAUGUAUUUGUAAUUUGUAUAAAUAUGCAUUUGUUUUUGUUUCUUGUAUUUGAAUAUAAAUUAUUUUUAAAAACA